GCCGGAAGUAGCCGAGGCCUUGCGUCCGAGCGCUUUCGUUCAACUCCGGCUCCUCAGAGGGCGUUUCCCUUCGUUUCGGAGUCCUUGGAGCGAAGGCAUUUUAAAAUGCCUCCUUUAUUAAUUUUCUUCCAAAGACAAGGGAAGGCCGGCGGACGACCUGUGGGCCCUUUAGUUACCAAGUCGCAGUGGUACGCGGAGGACCGAGACUAGGAACGGACCUUGACCUUUAACCUCUAGCCGGGGCGGCGGAGGGAAACGCCUCCGUCUCUAUAUAAGGAGUUUUCCGGACGCUCUGGGUCCUUUUUUUCCCUCAGCGCUGGCCGCGGCCUCCCGGCGCUCUCGUCCUCCGCUUUUGCACAGCUCCCCGUUCCAGCCUUCGCCAUGGGAUUCGGAGACCUGAAAACCCCUGCCGGCCUCCAGGUGCUCAACGAUUACCUGGCGGACAAGAGCUACAUUGAGGGGUACGUGCCAUCACAAGCAGACGUGGCAGUAUUUGAAGCAGUUUCUGGUCCACCACCUGCUGACCUGUGUCAUGCCCUACGUUGGUAUAAUCACAUCAAGUCGUAUGAAAAAGAAAAGGCCAGCCUGCCGGGAGUGAAGAAAUCUUUGGGCAAGUAUGGCCCUAGCAGUGUAGAAGACACCACAGGAAGUGGAGCUGCAGAUGCUAAGGAUGAUGACGACAUUGAUCUCUUUGGAUCUGAUGAUGAGGAGGAAAGUGAGGAAGCAAAGAAGCUACGAGAAGAACGCCUUGCACAGUAUGAGUCCAAGAAAGCUAAAAAGCCUGCAGUUGUUGCGAAGUCUUCCAUCCUACUAGACGUGAAGCCUUGGGAUGAUGAGACGGACAUGACAAAACUAGAGGAGUGUGUCCGAAGCAUUCAAGCAGAUGGCCUGGUGUGGGGCUCCUCUAAAUUGGUUCCAGUGGGAUAUGGAAUUAAAAAGCUUCAAAUACAGUGUGUAGUUGAAGAUGAUAAGGUUGGAACGGAUAUGCUGGAAGAGCAAAUUACUGCUUUUGAGGACUACGUACAGUCCAUGGAUGUGGCUGCUUUUAACAAGAUUUAAAUCAUUCUUAAGUCAGUGCACUUAAAUAAAAGCUUGAAAGAUAACCCUUGGCUCUUCAUUUUGCUGUGAAAUGGUAUGUCUUCAUUUUGAAGGAAAGGAUUCAGUGUAACUCAUUAGUGGCGAAAACUUGAACUGGAAAGAGAAAUAGCUCAGCAUUUUUAAACCACUCAGCUUGAUGACCAGACCAACCUGAAGUUGUCUUUUAGCCAACACUGUGUGUACCAUAGAUAUAAUUAAAAGGAAGAUAAAGAACUGAUGUGUUAUUAAAGAUUUAGCAAUUAGAGUAUACUUUUGUGAUUAGUGAAAUAAUUCUUUUGCUGUUAGCAGUACAUGAUACUAUUGAUAAACUGUCACUAGAUGCCUUCGAUGUCUUUCUGAAAAACUGAAUCUUGGGCUGCUGAGAUGACUCUAUGAUAGCCACUGAGGUUGCUUACUGUUUGGUUCACUCCAUAGAGUAAGAGCGAAACUCUAGAAGGUGCUCUGAUGGCCACGAGCACAACACCUGUACAUAAGAGUUUUUGGAAGUGUCCUGAAAGGAACAUUGUAGGCUCAUAAGGUGGUCAAGUGUGGGUUUUCAGAACUCAACCUAGAGAUGGAGGGAAGUGCUGGGGGAGGCAGUAUGCGCAAAGCUAUUCCUUGGAGACACUUGUGGGAGGUUAUGCUGCUCUAGAAGUACGUUAUGAAAUGUAUCACAGGGCUGGAGAGAUGGUUAAGAACACCAACUGCUCUUCUGAAGGUUGUGAGUUCAAAUCCCAGCAACCGCAUGGUGGCUCACAACCAUCUGUAAUGGGAUCUGACACCCUUUUCUGAUGCUUCCGAAGACAGCUACAGUGUACUUAGAUAUAAUAAUAAAUAAAUCUUUUUUAAAAAAAUA